AUGUCAAAUGAGUUUUACAUUGAGGACAGUUUGUCCGGGAAGCAGUUGAAUCACCAAUCGACUUCGUUGGUUGUUCCUCAAACAUUUCGAAAUAGAGUUAUGUCCUCGAUGUACUAUAAAGUGAAUCUCACACCUAUAAGCAUGAGAGGAGACACCAUAGUCCAGCUUAUUCCAAUUAUAGUAAGGGAUUUGGGAUCAUUGAAUGAACGCAAGAGCCCUCACAUGGGUGUGUGCGGAGGUGUGGAGUUCAAAUGCUUGUUGAUGAAGAUGAUAAACCUUCGGCCGCCAUGGGAUCAACUAAAGGUACUUCUAGAGCCACACGAGUCGUUUAAUAACAAAUAUAUUACAGUACUGAUAUUAUGUUACUUGAGAAUUUCAUACUAUUUUCUAAGUGAAACCCAUUCAAAUGAGCAAGGUAUAUCCUUCGGUUUACUACAUGAUAUGAUGAAGAAAUAUAUAAAGGACCACAGAAAACUAAAGAGCUAUCCGCUAGAUGUAGACUGCUGGUCACAAGCAAUCAAAAAGGAGCUCGUAAUAUCUCACUUGGACGAGAUUGUCGAUUGGUUAUGCGAAAAGAGUGAAAUCUGGGGCAUCCCACUUGGAAAAUGUAGUUGGUGUAAGAUAUGGGAUGAUGAUGAUGAUGACGAAAAUUCAGAUUCGGAUUCAGAUUCGGAUUCAAUCUCAGAUACAGAUUCGGCAUCAAACUCCAGCGAGUCCAAUGAGUAA